CUGUUUUCAUUUUCAUAACUUAAAAACUUAAAUUUUUCACGUUUUAAUUUCAACUAACUUCACAUAUUUUACCCAAAAUGAGUUUUUUUUAAUUCAAAGGGUACGUAGGGUAGGACACCUUCAUAAAGCUGGUCGGUGUUUCAAAAACAUCUAAACUAGUCCUUGACUUUUUUAGAAUCUAAACUUCAGAUUAGUUAUGACUUCUCUAAUGGAAGCCAUAUAAAAUACGUUUAUUCUUCAGUUGUGUUAUAGCAAGGAAAAUGUUAAUAAUAAAGGGCUUUAUUUUCUGUAUCUUAAUAAUGCAAGCAAAGUGCAGGGAUGAUCUGUGUAGUCUGCAACACUUUUGCGAGUGUCCCCCCUAUCUAACCCAGGCCCAUGCUCCUCUAUACUUUACCAAACAUAACUAUAUACAACAGUAUGCAAUAGUUGGUAAAUAUAAGGAGCUUCAUUGCUGUCUUGGUCCCAGAUUUCAAGAAAUACUUUGGAGUAAGGAUGGUGUACAAUUCCCAUGGACACAGGACAGACACGCCAUUGUUUACAGGUUUGGAGAUGAAUAUAUCGAGCAUACAACUAGGAAUAAAUAUAUUAAUGUAUCAAGCAUACAGCUAGGAAUAAAUAUAUUAAUGCAUCAAGCAUACAACUAG